CCAGCUUCUUGCUUCCAUCGCAUGUGUUGAGCAAGUUGUAAUUAUAUUAAAUUUUAGUCUUAUUUCUCGAAAAGUUUUUUUACUUACAAUGCUUGCAAGCAUCACCAAGAGCCUCGCUGGCAUCUCCCUGUGUUCGGCAAACCGAGUUCUCAACCAGCAAACACGGAACACCUUCAUCCUAAAACGCCGCACCCCACCAAAUUUGCACAAGAAAAACCACAAGCCGGGAAAACUACGCGGCCGUCACUUCGUUUACGACCUGAUCGAGGACACGACCACCAAAAAGAAAGCAAACCUCGAAGUGGUACUAACCACCUUCGUCGACGGGAUCGGCUCCAAAGGCGACGUAGUAUCGCUGAAGCCCCACGUUGCCUACAACAAACUGCUGCUGCCGGGAUUGGCCGUGUACAAGACACCCGAAGCGAUCGCCAAGUUUGCUACCGAGCGGGAUGAACGGGAAAAAGAGCUGCACAGUUCGGCUCACGCUCAACGGACCGUCAACAAACUGGAGGAAAUAAUCCUUGCCGUGGUCAUGAACAAAGACCAGCCGUGGGUUAUCGAGCGGUGGCACAUUAAGGCUUCGCUGCGGAAAGCCGGUUUCUAUGUUCCCGAAGAAGCUAUUACUCUGCCGGAGGACCCCAUUGCUGGACCGGAUCUGCUGAAGCAGGGUAAGGAAUUCUUCUGCACGGUUACGGUAAACAAUCUGGAGAAGGCACGGCUACGCUGCCGGAUUCAUCACUGGAGUACGGAUCCUAGCGAACGGUUGCAGUACUUGUUUGAGCACUGGAAACUGCAGGCGGAACCACUGUUCGGGGAUGGUGCACCGGCGGCGGACGUGAAACAGGAGUAAAGAGAGUUGAUUUGGGUAGUAUAGCGUAUGGAUAGUUUAUGGCAAUAAACCAGUUCGUUUCC